AUGAGAAAUUCUAGUAAGUCAAAAUUCUUCCAGAUCAUGGACCAGCAAAGGUGGAACUCCAAUAUAUCACAGUCGCAUUAAUUCGAUUAGGCCUAAAGGCAAGAAGCUAUAGAAUAAAUUUAAGUAAUGACCAAUCCGACUUCAUUAUUUGGAACUCCUUUUAAAUAAGAAGCAAUAAUAGUGAAAAAUAAGAGGCUUUAUUCGAGUUAGACAUCAAGAACUGCAAGAACGAAAUUAGGCAGUCUUAAUAAAGAUCUUCAAAUGCUGAGUACUGGUGAGAGUACAAGAAUUAAUACUCUGGGAUAACUUGAAAACGUAAACUCAAGAGAUUUUGAUUCAAUCAAGUGUGAUGUUUCUAGUAGCCUCUAAGUUCUAAAUAACAAAUGUCUCAAUUAAGAUAUCAAGAAAAGUAAUACAGAAGGGAAAAGUUAAAACUUCUAUCAAAAGUAGCAAAUGUUAUACGGAGUUAAUACUCUUGAAAGUACGAGAAAAAGCUUGAAAGAAAGAGCAAUGAUAGAGUUUUAAAAAUUAGAAUUAUAAAAAAAUGCUGAACAAGUUAUGAAGAAAAAGAAGAGAAAUUUUAUCUUUAGAGAGUCAUAAAGUUGA